AUGUCGAGGUUUGCAUCAAGAAUAUUAAUUUCUGGAGGGGAAACUCCUAGUGGCAUUCUGGCUAUUGACAAGGCCAGGGAGCCCAUCACCUUAGUACUGGCAGAAGAUGGCACCAUUGUGGACGAUGAAGAUUACUUUUUGUGUCUGCCAUCUAAUACCAAGUUUGUGGCACUGGCCAAGAAUGAGAAAUGGUCCAGCAAAAGCUUAGACAGUGGAACAGCCUGGCUCUCGGAGUCUGUGGAUGAAGUGGACAGUGCUGCAGAGAAGUGGAAGCAGCUGGCCAGGCAACUGAAGGAUGACCUGUCUAAUAUCAUCUUGAUGUCUGAAGAAGACCUCCAGGUGCUUAUUGAUGUACCACGUUCAGACCUGGCGGAAGAACUUGCCCAAAGUCAACCCAAAAUCCAGGUAUUGCAGGACACCCUGCAGCAGGUGCUGGACAGACGAGAAGAAGAACGCCAGUCAAGACAGCUCCUGGAACUCUACCUAGAGGCCUUGAAAAAUGAAGACAGUAUCUUAAGCAAAGUAGCAGAAUCUGAGACUGUACCAAGAAAGGAGAUGGAUGUGGUUGACACAGGUACCAGCAGUACAGGCACUUCAGCCAAAACGGCGCUCAGUGACCAGAUCCUUGCUGCUCUGAAAGAGAAACCUGCUCCAGAGCUCUGCUUGGACAGUCAAGAUCUAGAGCUGGUCUUGAAAGAAGACACACAAGCCUUGGCCUCGGCUCUAAGAUGGGACAAGCAGAAAGCUGAAGCUCUGCAGCAAGCCUGUGAUCAGGAGCUCUCCAAGCGUCUACAACAAGUGCAGACUUUGCAUUCCCUAAGGAGCACAUCGAAGGGCAAGAAAACGCUACCCUGGGGAGACUGGCUUAGUUCAAAACGCAAAAAAUAAGUGCUGCUUGCAAUUUUUUUUUGGUGGGCUUUUUUUGUUUGUUUUGUUGGGGGUUUUUUUGGUUGUUGUUUUUUUUUUUUUGCAUUAGAAUCAGUACAAGCAAGAUAUAUCCUGGGAGCCAUAGUUUGCUGGUCAUACUGUGGUCUGACUAUAGACAACUAAAAUCUGGACAUUGUCCUGAGGCUUAAACUCCUGUGAUGAUUCAAAUCAUGUGUAACCAAAGGGAUUUUAACUUUUUGCAGAAUACUAGAACAAUGGUAUUGCUAAACACAGCAAGUAAGGGUUCAGCUUUGAAUACCUGGUUGGGAGCCAGAAGCUUCCAUCUGAUGAUGAUGGAUCUAGCUUCUGAAGCCCCAGGCAGUUUGCUUACUUUGUCCUCCCACCAUUUUCAAUGUAAAGGAUGGAAGACCUCGUGGAAGACACUUUGAGGCACAGUUAAUGAACAGAAAGAAGGCACUUGGAGGAUUGCUCACUGAACACAGUGCUCAUUCUUCAGUAGGGUUUAUUGCGAUUUGACCUAGUUAAGCUGUCAUUGUGCAGUUUUUCCAGCUGCUUUCUGGCUUUAAGCUCCAGCCUGGGAUCUAGGAACUUGAAUCCUCAUGCUAAUUUCAUCAGUUAAAGUAAAUUUAAAGUCCUUUAACUUCUGUGCUUUUUCUGUAAGGAACUCCUGCCUCUUGGGUGCAGUGUAAGCACUAACUUGUAAAACACAGCAAAGGUGGAAAUAAUUGCUUUGUAAGGCUGUGGGGCCGAAGACUUGUAUUUGGCCUGUCUGUAUUACUGUCCUAAUCAUUAGUGUAGUAUCAUGGUGUUUUUGUAUUAACUGGCUUAUUUUUAAAUUUGUUAAAGUCUUUUUUUCCUAAUAUCAUUAAAACCUUUCUACCUUA